AUGGCUUCCCAAAGUCACCAAACUUCUCUGGCCAUCCCGCGCGAUGAACCCCUCGAAGAAAAGCUAUCCAGACCGCAUCCGGUUGAACUCAAGCGCAGGACUAGUUCCAGCUCAUCUCAACACGGCGGGUGUCCCUUGAGCACGAGCACUCCAGAUGAGUCAGGAUCAAUACCACACGUCGACAUACGAUCUGCUGUUCGACACACCCCGAGUGGCGCGCUCGCCAUCGAAGCUGGACAUCUGACUCCGAUGGAGCACUUCCUGCAGCACAAGGAAGACCGCAUCAUGGGCGCUUUUCUCCUCUCGCAAGCCUUCUCAACCUUCCAUAGGCUCACCCCCGAGCCAGUUGCUGCCUUUUCCGCUACACAGCGGGACACGAGCAACAUAUCGACACGCUCCGAAUCCACGACGUCUGCUGCUUCAACUCAAGGCACCGCGAAGUCAUUAAUGGAGGAGACACGCGGUCUGCAUCUCAGCAUUAGCGGUGGCAUGUCUGGGUCAUGGGAUGACUGCUUAUCUGGUAUCGGGUCCCAAUUUGCUAGCUCGAGUCCUAUUACCAACGACUGUUCGGGGAUGGUAAUGGAGGAAGACGCUGUCAUCAUGGCUUGA